AUGCGCCUCCAUACGUUCACGCUCGUCGUGUUCACUGCGGUUCUAGCACACAGCGCGAACUCUGCGAAGACGCCCAGCUCGACGACGACGGAAGGUGCUCCCUCGGCAAGCCCUCGUUCCUCUGACGCGUGCUGCGAUGACGUCCCUGUUGAGAAGGGGCUGGGUCCACACGAGACCACGGCGGGUGAAGAGAGGAUGCCAGAUAUAUGGCAAGCAGUAAUCAACAAAGAAGUUGAUCGACUCAUGGACAUGGUUUAUGCGCCUCACUCGAGGAUGCCAGUGGAUUAUAUCUCAUCGAAAAUCAACGGCGCCGUUGCUCGUCUCGUGGAAUUGGUGUAUGCGCAUGAACGUGAGACCAUGCCCGAGGUCGAACACCUUCCUGUGCACGGGCAGCGAGUGUUUGAUGAGAAUGCUAUCAAGCACUUUUUACGUUCUGGGAUGGCACACGAGACACCACAAGAGUUGCUGGAAAGAGUAGAAUCAUAUGGUCGUCAGCUUGAAUCGAAUCCCGCAAGUGGACUGGACAUGAUUGCAACGGCUCGCGAAUUUUCUACUCAACACCUGAGAGCAGAGGCGGAAGCUCAAUUUGAGAUGGAUCCCAGUGUGGUGUUCGGUAUCAGGCUCCAGAAGGCCAAAUCCGACCUAGCUAUGCAGGCAGACGAUCGCUCGAAAGACCCAAUGGUAAACCUGGACCUUGGCAAUUUGGACAGAUACAGGAAGGAAUACUACAGGCGCCGAGGCGGCAACGAACUUACGUUGCGAGAAGUGUUAUCAAGUUGCGUUGGUGGCGACGCCAAACUCGAAUCGAUCCUGUCGAUCCUGAAUCGCAACAAGCUUAACAAAAGAUAUGUGGUGCUCAUGCGAACGGAGAUGAUGGCGGACUCGAAGACGGUUGUAGACGCUGCUGUCAAGCUAGGGAUGAUACCACACACGACGAAAGUCUUGGACAAUAAAUACGUGGAUACAUUUGUCCUGUUCAUCGGUACCCUCGCUCGAGAACAUCCAGAGCAACAUUCAGUCAUCGUCGAGCAGCUCACGGAGAUAUUUGGGGGUCGCCAGGCUGCAUUACUGGUUCAUAAAUCAGUGAAGGCGUGCCCAAAAGAAUUCGAUGAUCUACAAGCAGCGCUGUACAAACAUUUGGUUAAGACCUUUACUUAUGAUGAGCUGCGCGACGAGAUCACGAAGUCAAGGGAAGGAAGAACUGAAAGACCUGGAAGAGCUGGAAGUAAUACUGAUAAAUUUGAGACACGGUGCGAGGAUUUGGUUCUCGAAAAUUAUCUUGCACCUCCCGAACCCCGUGCGAACCGAAAGAGAAAACGGGCAAGUGACACGAGCGCCGGUCCUUCGUGA